AUGAAGCUCGAUACAAGCGCAUUGCGCUACCUCACAAGUGACGAUUGGCGCGUAUUGGCUGCAUUCGAACAAGGCAGCAAAAAUCAUGAAGUAGUGCCAACACCUCUGAUUCAAUCUAUCUCUGGCCUCAGAGGAGGCAGCGGUAUCCACAAAAACAUCUCGAAUUUAGCGAAAGUCGGGCUCAUCGCGAAAGUGAAAAACGCAAGAUAUGACGGCUAUCGGCUCACAUACGGGGGACUCGACUAUCUCGCACUCAAUGCUCACCGUAGAUCCAACACAAUCUUCUCACUCGGCAACCAGAUUGGUGUCGGCAAAGAGUCAGACAUCUACAUCACAGCAUCACCCGAAGGCCGCCAACAAGUUCUCAAGCUCCAUCGUCUAGGUCGGAUCUCAUUUCGCACAGUCAAGGCCAAUCGCGAUUAUCUACGGAAAUCUGGACCCUCUGGCACAGGCGACUGGAAGUAUCUCUCCCGUCUCGCAGCUCACAAGGAGUAUGAAUUCAUGCGAGUACUCCACAGAGAAGGGUUCCCGAUACCAGAACCACUGGCCUGGAGCCGUCACACAGUAGUUAUGGAGUUCAUCGAUUCAUUUCCCCUGCGCAUGGUCGAUGAAGUCGGAGACCCUGGCACGCUGUAUGCCGAGCUGAUGGAUUUGAUCGUCCGACUUGCGCAACGGGGAUUAAUACAUGGCGAUUUCAACGAAUUCAACAUUCUGAUCAAGGAGAAGCCGAGAGCAGAUGGCUCUGUCCAAGUCAUCCCCAUCCUGAUUGACUUUCCGCAGACGGUGAGUACGAAUCACGCGAAUGCUCAAUACUACUUCGAUCGGGAUGUGGCUUGCGUCAAGAGAUACUUUGAGCGAAGAUUCAAGUAUACAAGUGAUGCCAAGGGACCCACCUUCAAGGAAGCCCUGAAGGGCGCUGAUCCCGAGAGGCGGCUAGAUGUCGAAGUCGAAGCUAGCGGCUUUUCGAAGAAGAUGAUGAAGGAGAGCGAAAGGUUUCUAGACGGGACUCAAGCUGAACCAGUCGUUGACGCCGAGGACGAGGACGAGGACGAGGACGAGGACCACGAAGCAGGAGAAGAGGAUGAACGAGAUGAUUUGGGCGAGCAGGAGGCCGAAAGAGAGGCAGAGGAGAGGCCAGAUGCGCAGACUGGAAACCCAGGACUCGCUGAGGGGCUUGAGAGUCUGUCUGUUGAUGAUAGUGCAAGGAUGAAGAUGCGCACCAUGGCAGAUUUUGGCCUUCAGCCAAUAGAGUUGCCACAAGAGCCCGACGUGAUCGCUGAAAAGUUGCAUACGAAGAAGAAGGUGACUGGAUGGGCGAUCUGA